AUGCCUGACGGGGCGAUUCCAGGCGGUUACGCCACCCCUUACGACAAUAUCCGCAUCGACGACUUCUCCGAGUGCGAGGGGGACGCUACCCACCUGUAUAUGCUCUCGCAUACACACUCGGACCAUAUUCAGGGCUUAACCAACAAGUCCUUCGCCUCGCCGCUCGUAUGCUCGAAGGACGCAAAGCAAAUGCUUCUCAACCACGAACCACUCAAGGAGCGCUUAUUCCGAGAUGGCGCAUUGAAGGGGGAUUAUCGGAAGCCAAGGUCGUUCGGACAUCUGAAGAGGGAUCCGGCGACCGUUGCGGGAAAGGUGUACUGGGCUGGAAGUAGAGAUCUGAUGCGUCCCCUCGAGAUAGACCGACCAACGGACAUCUCCCUAUCGAAUAACGAGACGGUGACGGUGACGCCUAUUGACGCCAACCACUGUCCCGGUGCAGUCAUGUUUCUCAUUGAAGGCCCCCGCGGCGCCAUUCUGCAUACUGGCGACUUUCGUGUCGAGCCGUGGUUUUUGACGGCCAUGGAGAACCACCCUGCGAUGCAGAGGUACCUCUCACCAGAAGCCGCUGCACGUUCGACUCUGCGCUAUGACGGGGAAAGAGUACCUCUUGAAUGCAUACAUCUUGAUACUGCUUGCGUUCUCUCUGAGACGAAGCUCACGACCAAGGUGGAAGGUACCGCCGGACUUCUACGCCUGAUGAAACUCAUGCCCGAUACCACUACUUUCUUCAUCAACGCCUGGACAUGGGGAUAUGAAGAUAUCAUAAAGGCCGUAGCUCGGUCUUUCCAGUGCAAGGUGCACGUGGACAGAUACAAGUACAAGGUGUUUAUGAGUGUCGACGACGAUGAGCUCCACCGGUCCAUCACACGGAAGUCGGCCUCAACGCGUUUCCAUGCUUGCGAGCGCUUCAAUCGCUGCGAACACGCGCCCAACUUCGACUUUGACGGCAAUCCGGUCAUCUACAUCAACCCCGUCUCCUUCGGUGGCGAAAAGUGGACUCAAUACUUACAAGAGACGGAAGCGCAACUUCGCCGAGGAGAGGAAGUCACAUCGCUCUUGGUAUCUAUCGGCCGCCACUCUACGCUUCCCGAACUUCGCUCUUUUGCGCAACUCUUUCGCCCAAAGAAGAUUGUUCCUAAUACUGUCUAUGGCGAAGGUGACAUCAAGGUUCUGUGCAUGCGCGCCAUCGACAACAUGUUCAAAGACUGUCUCGCUCGAUCAAACUCCCAAUGCCUUACAGAUCAUGUUGCGCCUCUCCAGACGCCGCUCUCUCGGUUCUCAUCCAUCACCUCAAACCCCUGUCGUGCACACGAAUCUCGCGACGCUGCACUACUGAAUCUCACUGGCGAAGGAGCAGAUGAGCUUGCGAACCGCUGGGCGGUUCAAGAAAGUCUGCAAGAGGCGUAUGAGUGUAUGGAGCAACAUCUGAGCGGCCACGAAAGGUCUAUCGUGCGCAAGAUACUCGGAAAGCUACCCUUAACUUCGACCGGGACUGGAGAAAGCCAGAUAGCCAUACGCGGACACCUCCAAGCCUUUGUCGAUAGGUUUCCAGUUGACGACGAUAACGACUCUCAAGAUAGGGAGGGCGUGACCCAGACCAUGGAAGCUUUUCUUCUUCCCGCAAGUGCUCGGACGCACCCUCUCGAGGAGAGCCAGGAUGCUGAUCUGACGGAACUCAAGAGUUGCAUCGAGGCAUCGUCUUCGACUGAGGCUGCUUUUGAUCCUUUCUCUCUCUCAUUACAGCCCCAAGCAGGUUCUGGGCGCUUCUCUGGCAAGAACUGGGAUGACUGGGUCAAUAACUCUGACGACGAGACUGAACCUGUGCCGGAUACCGUCUCCCGUGACUUCGUAGUUCACCUUGAUGACCAACCUACCGACCGAAACGCUCGUCCUGCACCUCUGCACUAUAAGCGCAAUGUUCCGUCGCCGUCCAAACGCAGAAAAAUCGAAGAUUCUCGGGAGGUCAUCUACGUUUCCUCUGGUGACGAAGAGAACACAGUGCCUGCGAAGCCACCGACCAACAAGCGCCAACCCACAUGGUCCCAUGCUCAUCAUGGAUCGAUCUCUCCUACACUUCGCACGUCCAAGGCCCUUUCGCGCGCGUCGACUACGCCCGCAACCACAUCAUCGGCCCCUCUUCCUCCGCGUUCCCAGACCGCCAGCAAAUCCCUUUCAUCCGCAUCAGCAUCGUCCUCUGCAUCCGCCGAUCCAAGGUCUGAAUCACUGCGCGCCUCCCAGAAGAGAAAGUACCUUGCGAACCUUUGCGCUGCUAAACCGGAGCAGGCUGCGGUCUACUACGCGUCUCAGUCGCGCUCGCAGGCAUCCGCGAGCACUCCGCCGUCGCAGAGCUCACAGCGCUCACAUGGCCUCGGGCACACUCCGUCAGCAUCGUCGCACCGACUGCGUGCCAGUUCGCCGUCGCCGUCGGCUCUGACCGCUAAAGCCGCCACCACAAGCACUUCCUCACGGUCAUCAAUUGUCGGUGGGACUCCAUCAGCGCGCUCGCCUACACCGCCGAUCGACGCGGAUCCGGAACGGAAGCGAUUCGGAUCGGACAGGCGGCUUGCGGAGGACUGGUCGUUCGUGUCUGUUGCGGCAAGCGACGAUGUGGUGGAGAAAGACGAUGAGCGUGUCUGUCGUCUGCUCGACGAUUUGAAUACAGCUGCAGCCAAUAAUAAGCCGGUCUGCGAAGCUGUUCCUCGGUUGUCGUAUGCGUUGCGGGAGGGUUGCGAGUGA